AUGACACCAAGCAACCUCACAAAGGUUUCAGAAUUUUUUCUUCUGGGAUUUUCAGAGGAACCAGCACUGCAGCCCCUCAUAUUUGGUCUUUUCCUCUCCAUGUACCUGGUCACUGUGUUUGGAAACCUGCUCAUCAUCCUGCUCAUCAGCUCAGACUCCCACCUCCACACUCCCAUGUACUUCUUCCUCUCCAACCUGUCCUUCAUAGACAUCUGUUUCACCUCUACCACCAUCCCAAAGAUGCUGCAGAACAUAUGGAAACAGAGCAACGCCAUCACCUAUGAAGGCUGUGUCACCCAGAUGCAUUUUUCCAUACUGUUUGCAGGGUUGGAUGACUUCCUCCUGACUGUGAUGGCCUAUGAUCGGUUUGUGGCCAUCUGCCACCCCCUUCACUACAUGGUCAUCAUGAACCCCCAGCUCUGUGUAAUUCUGGUUCUAGUUAGCUGGGCCAUCAGUGUCCUGGAUUCCUUGAUACAGACCUUCAUGGUAUCAAGGCUGUCCUUUUGUAGAGAUGUGUUUAUCCCUCACUAUUUCUGUGAACUCAAACAGCUGGUCCAACUUGCCAGUUCUGACCACCUCCUUAAUGAAAUUGCCAUGUCUUUUGCAGCAGGGUUACUGGGUGCUGGUCCCUUUGCAGGCAUAUUUUACUCUUACUGUAGGAUUGCUUCCUCCAUAUGUGGAAUUGCAUCAGCUCAGGGUAAAUAUAAAGCAUUUUCCACCUGCGUGUCUCACCUCUCAGCUGUCUCCUUAGUUUAUGGCACAUGCCUGGGAGUGUACCUUAGCUCUGCUGCUACUCACAGGGCACAUUCAAGUGCAAUCGCCUCCGUGAUGUACACUGUGGUCACACCCAUGCUGAACCCCUUCAUCUACAGUCUGAGGAACAAAGACAUAAAGAGGGCUCUGCGAGCAUUCUUCAGAGAGGCAGCUCUAAAAAGGCCCAUGGUUGUGGGAUAA